UGUAUUUAAACAUCAACAAUAGUUGGAAGAAGAAGGUUGAAUCAUGGAACUGUUUAUCCUGGUUGCAGGUGCAGUAGUCCUCACUGAUGCUAUCAAGUUCCCCCUGGAAGCUGGAGAAGAUGGAGAUAGAAUGGUGAUCCAAGAUUCUAAUGGUGACAGAGUUAAGCUGGCUUGUGUAAACUGGUACGGAGCACAUAUGGAGAACUUGGUAGUUAAUGGCCUGGAUGUUCAAACCAUGGAUUUUAUCUCAACUAAGAUUAAAGAACUUGGCUUUAACUGCGUCCGCCUGCCGUUUGCCCUGGAUACGUUCUACAAAUCACGUGUUAUUUCUGACUCUCUGCUGACAGCUAACCCUGCUCUUCACGGGAAAACUGCAAUGGAGAUCUUUGAUAAAACUGUUGAAUCCCUCUCUAAUCAAGGACUGAUGGUGAUUCUGAACAACCACAUCAGCACUGCAAAAUGGUGUUGUGAUGAGAACGAUGGAGAAGGACUGUGGUUUACAAAUGAAUAUUCUGAGGAAGAUUUUGAAGAUUGCCUUCUUGAGUUUACAGAGAGAUACAAACACAUAAAUCUUGUUGUAGGAAUGGACCUUAGGAAUGAGCUCCGAAAAUCCCACGGAGUACCAGCUGCCUGGGGUUCAGGAGAGUACAAUGACUGGGCGGCUGAAGCAGAGAGAAUUGGUAAUAAAAUCCUUGAGAUCAAUCCAGACCUUCUCAUCUUCGUGGAGGGGGUCUCCUAUGCUCUAGACCUGACCGGAGCUAGGUCCAAACACGUGGAGCUCACCAAUCCUAAGAAGUUGGUUUACUCCGGACACGUUUAUGCAUUCAGCUAUAUAUUGUCCGAUGUACAUUCUUAUGAGGAUUUAAUGAAGAAAAUGCAUUCAAUGCAAUCCUUUGUUGCAGAUCAAGGACAUGAUUACUCUGCUCCGUACUGGAUGGGAGAAUUUGGUACAGGAGAUAAUGGAGAUAAAUGGCAGUACAUAAUCCAGUUCUUAAAGGAGAAUGACCAUGAUUGGGCGUACUGGAGUAUAGAUGGAUAUAAGUAUCCAGGAGGGGACGAGGAGUCCUAUGGUAUUCUUGAACGAGAUUAUUCAACUAUUAGGCAUAACUGGAAGCUUGAGCAACUUCAAAGCAUCAUGGAACCAACAAAAAUUCUUGAAAAUUAAUCUAAUUGAUAUCUUUUAUAAUU